UAUAAUUGAACAAGAUGCAUUCAAGAUGGUAAGAUUGAGAGCAGGUGUCCAUUUUCGUUUCUGGGAAUCUGUUUCUCAUCCCUUGAGCUGCAAAACAUCUAGUUUAGGCUUCUUCAUUUCAUCUCCUUAGAUUUUUCCCAGCAUCAUGGUGCUAAUUCCCACCUUGAGUACUUCACAAUUGUAUUGGUUUGCUUUUUUCAUUCUUGUUGCUUCUGUCUUGUCCUUUGGUUCUUGCAGUACCUAUGCCGUGGUCGGGAAUGAGACUGACCGACUAGCCUUGCUUGAAUUCAAGGCCAAAAUAAGCCUUGAUCCUUUCAUGGUUUUCAACUCAUGGAAUGAAAGCACCCACUUUUGCCUGUGGUACGGUGUUACAUGCAGUCAACAGAAACAGAGGGUCAUUGAGUUGCGCCUACCAUCUUUGAAGCUCGUGGGCUCUAUAUCUCCUUUCAUUGGAAAUAUGAGCUUUCUAAGGAUUCUACUUCUCCAAAACAAUAGCUUUGGUCAUGAAAUCCCUCCACAAAUAGGUCGUUUGCAUCAAUUACAGAUAUUAUUUUUGCAAAACAAUUCAAUGGUUGGCAGAAUCCCUUCCAGUUUAUCCAAUUGCUCUAACAUCGUAAGUAUGGAACUUUCUAAUAACCAAUUUGUUGGAGCUAUUCCAACUGAGUUUGGCUUCUUGUCAAAGCUUCGAGGAAUUUUUGCACCCAAUAACAGACUGACGGGAAGUAUUCCUCCAUCUCUUGGGAAUUUAUCUUCACUUGAAGAUCUUGUUCUAUUAUCAAAUAAUUUGGUUGGGAGUAUUCCGAAUGCACUAGGCCAACUCAGGAAUCUUACAACUAUUGUACUUUCUCGAAAUAAGCUUUCAGGUACCAUCCCUCCAUCAAUCUUCAAUCUCUCUUCUACUAGAGAUUUUUAUGUGCAUGGUAAUCAAUUGCGAGGUCGUCUUCCUUUGGAGUUGGGCAUAACUACUCUUCCUAAUCUCCGAGCCUUUUCCAUUGCCUCUAACCAAUUCACUGGUUCCAUUCCUCCUUCAAUAUCCAAUGCCUCAAAUUUGGAGUUACUUCAAAUUGCAUCAAACAAAUUUACUGGAAAUGUGCCUUCUUUGGAAAAGCUGCAUAGGCUCAAAAGAUUUGUUGCGUAUAAUAACAGCUUGGGUGGGAGUGGAAAAGUUGAUCAUGACUUGAGUUUUAUAUGCUCUUUGACCAAUGCUACCAUGUUAGAGACUUUGGCAAUAGGUAUCAACAAUUUCGGUGGUGUAUUACCCGAAUGCAUCGGUAACUUGUCACUGACCCUAAGAAUAUUUGCAACAGGUCUAAACAAAAUAACUGGAAGAAUUCCAAGUGGAAUUUUUGAUCUUGUCAACUUAGAAGUAUUCUUCUUGUCAGGGAACCGAGUGUCAGGUAACAUUCCAGCUGCCAUCAGUAGGCUUCAUAGAUUAAAGAUUCUUGAUCUAUCGCAAAACAAUCUCUCAGGCGGCAUCCCACACUCUCUUGGAAACUUAGCCUUCUUACUUCAACUGGUUUUAAGUAAAAAUAACCUUGGCGGAAACAUCCCACCAAGUCUAGCCAAUUGCACAUCUUUGAUUGGAAUAGACCUUUCUAGUAACAAUCUCAAUGGUUCCAUACCCAAACAGAUAUUUGGUCUCUCUUCUUUAUCAAUUCUCCUAUCAUUGUCCUUAAAUCGUCUUACUGGUUCUCUUCCCAUGGAAGUUGGAAAUCUUAAGAACCUAGGUCAUUUAUAUAUAGCAGGGAACAUGUUAUCUGGUGAAAUUCCGAUUAGCCUUGGUAGUUGUAUUAAGCUUGAGACUCUAUCCAUUGCAGAAAACUUCUUCCAAGGACAUGUUCCGUCAAGUUUUCGCUUUUUAAGAGGACUUCAAAAUUUAUAUCUUUCUGGGAACAAUUUAUCAGGAAGAAUCCCUGACUUUCUUGUGUCUAUGACCUCAUUGCAACUUUUAAAUAUAUCAUACAACAAUUUUGAGGGGCCGGUGCCAACAGAUGGCAUUUUCAAAAAUUUAAAUUCAAAUUUAGUUGUAGGGAACAACCAACUAUGUGGGGGAAUCCCUGAGAUCCACUUGCCUAAAUGCAACUUUAAAGAGCCUGGGAGUACAAAAUUGACCUUAACCUUGAAGUUAAUCAUAUCUAUAGUUUUGGGGCUACUUGGAGUAACAUCGGUGCUGUACUUUUUAUUUGUUUCUUGGUUGAGAAAGAAACGAAAAGUGUCAAUAUCAAGUUCUUCAGAAAAUUUGCUUUUGAAUAUGUCCUACCAAAGUCUCCUAGAAGCCACCAAUGGAUUCUCUUCAGCAAAUUUGCUCGGUGUGGGUGGUUUUGGAUCAGUCUAUAAAGGAGUUCUUGAUGAGAGUGGAACUAUAAUUGCUAUCAAGGUCCUCAACCUUCUGCGCCAUGGAGCUUUCAGAAGCUUUCUUGUUGAGUGUGAAGUCUUGAGAAACAUCAGACACCGAAAUCUUGUAAAGGUUCUUACAGUUUGUUCAAGUGUUGAUUACCAUGGUAAUGAUUUCAGGGCUCUAGUUUAUGAGUUCAUGGUCAAUGGAAGCCUUGAAAAAUGGUUGCAUCCGACUACUACAGAAGAUGAAAGGCAUCAGGAUCAAAGAAAUCUAGAUCUUUUUCAGAGGUUGAACGUCGCCAUUGAUGUUGCAAACGCAUUGGAAUAUCUACAUUAUCAUUGCCAAACACAAAUCAUUCAUUGUGACCUAAAGCCAAGCAAUGUUCUUCUCAACAAUGAAAUGAUUGGACGCGUGGGUGAUUUUGGGAUAGCAAGAUUCUCUCCUGGAAGCAACGAUAACUCUUCUACCACUAACUCUAGCACUAUUGGAUUAAGGGGAACUGUUGGUUAUGUCGCGCCUGAGUAUGGUAUGGGAAAUGAGGUGUCAACCCAUGGUGAUGUCUACAGUUAUGGGAUCCUUCUAUUAGAGUUGUUUACAGGAAAAAGACCCACUGAUGACAUUUUUCAGGGCACUCUAAGCCUACAUUCCUUUGUCAAGACAUCCUUGCCUGAAGGUGUAGUAGAGAUUGCCGAUCCAAAUCUUUUUCAGGAAAGGGAAGAAGAGACAACUAGAAACACUGGCCAAGAUAACAACAUUACAAGAAGAAACGAAACUCAAGAGUGCUUGGUUUCGAUUUUUCAAAUUGGAGUCGCAUGUUCAGUUGAACAACCAGAAGAACGAAUGAACAUGAGAGAUGUUGUAGCUGAGCUUAAUUUAAUUAGAAAAAAUUUUCUUCAAAGUGGAACAAACAGAAGCAAUCGAAGAAUAAAUGGACCAUAGUCUUAGUAGCUAGUAUUGGUGUCUUUUUGAUAUUUAUUGUUUGGCUAGUAUAGGUUGAUGUGGCUUGUAAUAAUGAAGUUUUGUUUUUGUUAUUACUUUUCUAAUAAAGAAACAAUCUUUGUCGUAUUGUGAGUUUGUUACCAUUGACUACUCAUU